CAUCCCUACACUAAUUAAGACAAAGAUGAAACGACCAAACCCUUAAAAGGCUACCUUACUGACCGGAAUAGCCGGUUUUAAACUAUUAAAAGAACCACUAAUGAUCUCCUGUUUCCACUGCCACGUGUGUAAUCUUAUCCGUUGCCCACUCCACCCUUUCGCCCUUUUUAUGACCACGCCUGUACUGCGUUCCUGUUCUUCUUCCCCUCCAUUUCUCUCUCCCCCUUUUUAUCUUUUACAGAAGCUCGAGCUUUCUCUCUCUCAACCACACUACAGAUGGCCGCCAAUCUAGUUACAUUCAGAGCCGCCGGGAUCCAGUCCUGUGCCGUUCCUUUUCCUCCGAAGCCAGACGCCAAUCGCCGAAAAACCUCCUCUUCCCCGAACUGGUGGUCACCGCUCUUCGGCUGGGCGUCCGAGCCCGACUACAUUGAAUCGGAUCCGAGCGAGCACAAAAAGGAGAGCGGAUCGGAGUCGGAUCCCGAGUCUAAACCUCUGAGAUCUCGGUUCGCCCCCGGUUGCUUCACAGAGGAAAAGGCGAAGCAGCUCCGUAUGUUGACCAGAGGCUCCUCGUCAUUUCACGACGUUAUGUAUCACUCGGCGAUCGCCUCCAGACUCGCUUCCGAUUUCAAAAAACGAUCCGAUCUGCAAACCUCUGACGAUCGUUAGGCUGCCGUUUUCGAAAUGAACUUUUCUUUUUUUCUUUUUUGUUUUUUUUUCCUGAUAAUGAAAUAUAAAGCUGUCUGAUCUGAGUCCACUUUUUAGGGACGUGAAGUGGUUUGUUUACAGGGUUACGUUACGCAAUGUCAAUGAAUUGUGAAGGUGAUGAUGAUAAAACCCUCCUUUGUAAUUAAAAA